AUCACCCGUUCCAGCGAUUCGUCGUCAUGCCUAGCUCCAGGAAUCGCUCCCAAUCACAGGCCGAGCAGAAGAAAAUCACGCUCUGACUCGAUUUUUCAUCUGGCAGACGUGAUUCUGCAGAUGGGUUUUGUUGGAUUUUCAGUUGCAUGAACAGAAACCCGAAAAAGAUCGGAUCUUUUUGGGGCCCGUUUUGAGUGAGAGAAUGGAGAAGAAGAUGGAAGAAGGAGAUGGGAUUGAAGAGAGCAGCAGUGCUCGUUUCAUUUCUGGCUCUGAAUCGAGAUGGGUUGAUGGCAGUGAAGUAGAUUCGGAUUCCCAGACAUGGUCUCUGUAUGGAGAAGAUGAGAGCAGAGAAGAGCAAGGGGGCUUGAGAAGGCGACUUUCGAAGAAGCCGAAGAGAGUAGAUUCCUUUGAUGUUGAAGCCAUGGGUAUAGCUGGUUCUCAUACUCCCCAUUCAAAGGAUCUCUCUCUUUUGGGUACGGUUGCGCUGGCAUUUCAAACUCUCGGUGUGGUCUACGGUGACAUGGGUACAAGCCCACUCUAUGUUUUUAAUGAUGUGUUCAGCAAGGUGCCGAUAAAAUCAGAAGUUGAUAUCUUGGGAGCUUUAUCUUUAGUGAUGUACACGAUUGCUCUCCUUCCUUUUGCAAAAUACGUUUUUGUAGUUCUGAAAGCUAAUGAUAAUGGUGAAGGAGGCACCUUUGCCUUAUAUUCAUUGAUUUGCAGGUAUGCAAAAGUCAAUCUACUGCCAAAUCAACAGCGUUCCGAUGAACAAAUCUCCAGUUUUCAGCUCAAGCUGCCCACACCUGAGUUGGAAAGGGCAUUGAAUAUAAAAGAGUGUUUGGAAAGAAGAUCUUCUUUAAAAACGCUUUUAUUGCUUUUGGUUUUAAUGGGUACUUCCAUGAUCAUUGGGGACGGUAUUUUGACUCCGGCAAUGUCAGUAAUGUCUGCAGUGAGUGGCUUGCAGGGCAAAAUUCCGGGAUUUAAUACAGAUGCUGUUGUACUUCUUUCGAGUGUUAUUCUUGUGGCACUGUUCAGCAUACAGAGGUUUGGGACCGGCAAAGUGGGUUUCAUGUUUGCACCCGUAUUGGCAAUUUGGUUCUUCUCUAUUGGAUCGAUUGGAUUAUACAACAUGAUUACGUAUGAUAUCACCGUUCUAAGGGCAUUUAAUCCCUUUUAUAUCUAUUUAUUCUUCCAGAGGAAUAGUAGAAAGGCAUGGUCAGCUCUUGGAGGAUGUGUUCUAUGUAUUACAGGAGCUGAAGCGAUGUUUGCUGAUCUAGGCCAUUUCUCUGUAAUAUCCAUACAGAUCGCCUUCACAUGCGUGGUAUUCCCAUGCCUUCUUUUACAAUACAUGGGUCAGGCCGCAUUUCUAAUGAAAAAUCCCGAUAAAGCGGAAAGAGUAUUCUACGAUUCUUUACCAGGUGUCCUGUUUUGGCCAGUCUUUGUGAUAGCAACACUUGCUGCCAUGAUUGCUAGUCAGGCCAUGAUAUCGGCAACCUUUUCGUGCAUCAAACAGUCCAUGGCUCUUGGUUGCUUCCCGAGGCUGAAGAUAGUUCACACAUCCAGGAGAUUCAUGGGUCAGAUCUACAUUCCCGUGAUAAACUGGUUCCUAAUGAUCAUGUGCAUAGUUGUGGUUGCUUCUUUCAGAAGCACCACUGACAUAGCCAAUGCAUACGGCAUUGCAGAGGUUGGUGUGAUGUUGGUGAGCACGACAUUAGUAACCCUUGUAAUGCUUCUUAUAUGGCAGACAAAUCUGUUUCUGGCUCUAUGUUUUCCUGCCAUAUUUGGGACAAUAGAGCUCAUCUACUUAUCUGCAGUCCUGACAAAGAUCAUGGAAGGUGGUUGGCUACCACUUGUUUUUGCUUGUUGUUUCCUAUGCAUAAUGUACACGUGGAACUAUGGAAGUGUAUUGAAAUAUCGGAGUGAGAUGAGAGAGAAGAUCUCUAUGGAUUUCAUGCUCGAGCUUGGAUCCACGCUUGGGACUGUUAGAGUCCCGGGGAUUGGGUUAUUAUACAAUGAACUGGUCCAAGGCAUCCCCUCAAUUUUUGGGCAGUUUCUACUCGGCCUUCCAGCGAUCCAUUCGACGAUUGUGUUUGUCUGCAUUAAGUACGUCCCAGUUCCAGUGGUCCCACAAGAGGAGAGGUUUUUGUUUAGAAGGGUUUGCCCAAAAGACUACCAUAUGUUUCGCUGCAUUGCUCGUUAUGGAUACAAAGAUGUGAGGAAGGAAGACCAUCACUCGUUUGAGAAGCUUUUGGUGGAGAGCCUUGAAAAGUUUUUGAGAAGGGAAGCUCAAGAUCUCGCACUGGAGAGCAGCGUGAUGGAGAUGGAAUUUGAUAAUGAGUCAGUGAGGUCUAGGGACUCAGGGGUCCCAGGUACUGUCGGGGAGCUUCAGAUUCCAUUGCUUUCAGAUCGAAGAAAUGUAGAGUUGUGCACUUCUACUUUGGAAGAAGGUGCGUCCAUGUUGCCAUCAAGUAUUAUGUCAUCUGAUGAAGACCCGAGCUUGGAGUAUGAGCUCUCCGCCCUUCGAGAAGCCAUGGAAUCGGGAUUUACAUAUCUGCUUGCGCAUGGGGAUGUGAGGGCGAAGAAGGAAUCUUGGUUCAUCAAGAAGCUGGCUAUAAACUACUUCUACGCAUUCUUGAGGAGGAAUUGCAGAGCAGGUGCUGCAAAUAUGAGUGUGCCCCAUGUGAAUAUCAUGCAAGUUGGAAUGACGUAUACGGUUUGAUAAAACGAUCUCCGGUAAAUGGCUUAUUGAUGUAUAUGAUCCUCAAUCCAAAGAUAUGCACAAUAUACUCUGCUCUUCAAUCUCUAAAAGUGGGGCCUAUGGUUCAAUUAUCUAGUUUGUUGGUAUAAUGUGAAAUAACCAACUGUAGAUGGACCACGAUCCCGAUAUCUCCAGAUAGGAAGAUCCUAGCCACUAAUUUUGGGCUUUUAUCAGUUGAAUGUGGACCAAUGCUGCAUCUCUUCUUGACCAUUUAUUUGCUAGCCAAAACAUAGAAGUUUAGGAUUGUACUUUCAAGGACAGUUUGUGGAUGGUCCUUAUCCAAAGUGGGACCAACAAAACAAUGAUUUAGAUCAUGGAGCUACUGUUCCACUUGUGCAAACUGGAAAACCGAGCAUAUUGUGCAUAAUCUUUGGUUAGGGAUCAUAUAAUUCCUUGUUUUUUUUUUUUGGAAGGAUUCAUCUGUUACAGUUAUAAAAUAACAGAAAAUAGGAAAUUUGUGGGAAGCUUUAGGAAGGAACUAGCUGUUUUUGUUUUGUUAGCUUGAUGAUGUUGUUGUAUUGUAUGAGUAGAUUGGAAAUUUCCAUAGUCUUGUUUAAUCA